AUGCGGACUACAGUAUUGGCUCGUGUUUGGGGGUGUGGUCGUUGGUUUACGUUUUGGCUCUUGCCUCCUUUUCCACACUCGCUUUCGUUCCGAAGACCUCCUGCAGCACCGGUCAUCUGGCUCCCUCCAAUGACGGAUCUCGCUAUGCGAUUAGUAUUACUAACGCCCUUCUGUUUUGACCUCGCCGAGUCCAGUCACUGUGCCUUGAUAACCUGCCUUGGCACGUCAGGGUUGCUUCCCGGCAUGACCUCUGCAGAUAGGCACGCCGGCCACUAG